AUGGGUAACAUUCAUUCAUCUGUCAAAAUUAAUGAUUUUUAUUCGGCAUGCGAAAAUGGUGAUGUAAUAUUAGUUAAUGAAAUACUGAACUUCAUACCUUAUGAACAGAUAGAUAAAAAAAAUAAAACUACUGGUGAUACAGGAUUACAUGCGGCAGCUGCGAACGGGCAUGCUAAUAUCGUGAAACUGUUGCUUGAUUUUGGUGCUGAUGCAAUAAUUGCCAAUAAAGAAAUGAAAACACCGUAUGAGGUUGCAUCGAAUGAAGAUAUAAAGAAACUAUUUCAUAGGCGAUUGCACAGCAGCAACCGUUUCAUCGAAGCAGAUAUUAAACAAGCGGCUGAAAUUAAAUUUUUUAACAAAUCUUCUAAUGAUGACGAUAUUCCUCUAAAUAAUUAUGCUAAUGGACAUCGCACUGUAACAGACACUAUUGAAUCACAGCUUCUAACAGCUUUAUAUCAAUCAAAUUAUCCUACGAGGAAGUUAGUUCAGAUAAUCAUGGAAAAACGUUUUGCGGAACAGUUCAUCAAUCUAGUUGAGACCAAGGAGAAAAAAAUUGAAAAACUUCUUCAAUUAUACACAUUGAACUCAUGUUUACCAGAGUUACUGCACGACGAUCCAACAACGCUCACUGCUUUGGUUUAUCUACAUCUCAAAGAGCUGAAACUAGGAGCUUUUCAAGGCGUAACGUUUCGUGGCGUUACGAUGAACGAUGAAGAUUUAAAUAUCUAUCAUUGGGCACAAGAGAAUAAUGGCAUUAUUGAAAUCAAGGUAUUGUCAUCAACAUCAUUAAGCGAAGAAGUGGCACGACAUUUUGUUACGCCGAGUGAUAGGAGACAUAAAGUAUUGAUGCAAUUAAUUUUUCCGAUUCAUUGUUAUACGGCAAUUAACCUAAAUUGUAUAGCAGAUAAAUUACCCACCAUAUCCCGAUAUCCAGAAGAACUAGAAGUAUUAGUGUUACCUUUUACUCUAUUUAGAGUUGAAUGCGUUCAACGUGACAGAGACAAUUAUUGGCGUAUGAUACUUAAAAAUGUUUCGUUAAAUGGUUCAGUGCGUCAAACCAUGCAAACAAAUCCAUAUAAACAAUCAACUUCCACGGUUGUCAUAGCCUUAAAAUUAACAUUAGAUAAAAUUUUUUGUCAAAUACCUAUUAUAUUUAUAAUUGCCGUUAUAUUAUUGACGAUACCAGGGACAAAAUUUUAUUAUGGUAGAACUUAUAUUAAUCAAUGUACGAUUGAUCAUACUCAACCCCUUUACAUGACAGUUACGGCAUCAAUGGAGAUAUGCGCAAUUGUUCCAACAGUACUGGCACGUACUAGCUAG